GUUCCUUGCGCUCAGCCUCCACCAUCAUUUCUAGUCAGGCCAUGCCACCGCCACCAAUACCGCCCAGGAUCGUGGGUAUACCACCAACAAUACCUCUGCGACCCGAUCCAUCCAGUUCAGGAGCAAGCGACGACGAUAAACGACCAUAUACCCCCGUAUACCUCCGUGUAAACCGCACGUCGUGGCUCCUCCCCAAUUUCGAGCUUAGGGUGGAGGACGUCUCUCAUCCUGGAGCACAGCUCUUCUUUGAGCAUGUCAGGCCUGCGGAGGCUCUGAGAGAUGCGGUCAUCUCAACAUGUAGCUGGCUAUAUACACUGCGGGACGUGCCGAUGAAUGUCCAGAACGUCCUCCUCGUGCUGCGUCCCAUGCCUGGGGUUGCAUAUACGACGGGGUCUCGCACGCACAAGGAGAUCCACUUCUCCGUGAACCACAUCCAGAAGUCAGCCGCCCGUGCGAAGGCAGAGAUCCUCGGUGUGCUCACGCAUGAAAUGGUGCAUUGCUUCCAAUACAACGCCAAAGGCACCUGUCCUGGCGGCUUGAUCGAGGGCAUCGCGGACUGGGUGCGUUUAAACUCGGGGCUGGCACCACCUCACUGGAAGCGGGGAAAGGGUAACAAGUGGGAUGGAGGCUACGAUACGACGGCCUUCUUCUUGGCCUGGAUCGAGGAGCAGUGCGGGAAAGGAACGAUCUACCAGCUCAAUGCGGCGAUGAACGACAGACCAUAUCUCGAGAGCCUCUUCCAGGACCUCACGGGCUCGAGCGUGCACGAACUUUGGAGACUGUACAAACUCGACGCCGCAUCCGAGACCUCUUGAAGAGUCAAC